AUGGCGGUGAUUUUCACACCUCAGAGCAAUCCCACAGAGUCCAAGUGGAUGCAACAGGGACGGAAAGUCAAAAGCAAGUCCGCUCGGCCGCGUGUCCGGGCGGGCAAGGCAUGUAAACGGUGCAACCAGAAACGCAUCAAAUGUGAUGCCGUGCACCACAUGCCGUGCACCAAUUGUGUGCAGAAUGAUAAUACCGAGUGCGUCCUCCGCGAGUCAAGGCGAGGGACAUAUAUCCGCAAAGGACAUGUCUCGGAUGCCGCAGAGAGCCAACCUCCAGCAGAGGGCUUGACAGGGACAGGUGCUGGAAGUGUUGACCUCGAACCUCCAACUCAUUCCACCCCAGAGGGCACUGGCACGACCAGAUCGCUUCGAAUUCCUGAAACAGCAGCGACAAUUGCUCCUUCUCCUGUGGACAAUGUGUCACAUCAUCAGGCUUCUCCCGACGCUGAACCGCUAAGCAACCCUGCGGUGCCAGGUUCCGAGAACAGCCAGCAUCAUACCAAUGCGCCGAAAGCCCAGAUGACUUGUGCACCUUCACCAGGAUGCAUUCAGAGCUCAGCUUCUCACAGCUCGGCACUAGCCACUGAUUCGCCCUCUCAACAAUCGCCAGUCGGCUCCGAGGACGUUGCUUCAAAUUAUCGAGAUAUCUCCUGGUCGUCGAUGUUUGAUCAUUUCCUCAAUAGCCGAAAGGAUGGUAAGGAGUUUGUAGACAAAUGUUCCAUCACCUACCUAGGGGAGUCCUUCCCCUUAACCAUCGUUCUAAAUGAUCUGAACGAGGGUGGUCGUCCAAAGCUGCAUUAUCCAGGACCGCCGUUCCCCUGUUGUGAGCGACGCUCAGACAUGUUGAAUCAGAACCAGACGACACAUAUUCUGCCCGAGGAUUUAGAGUUCCUGCGAAUCAAGGGCGUUUUCGAGUAUCCCGAUAAAGUCCACUUGGACGCGUUUAUGGGCGUUUUUCUGGACCGCGUGUAUCCCAUCUACCCAAUCGUGAAUCGGCAUGAGUUCAUGCAGCAGCACUCGAAUGGGGAUAUGCCAUUGAUCUUGCUACAUUCUAUUUGCUUCAUUGCAGCUACAGUGUGCCCUUCGGCCGUGUUGCACCGUGCCGGUUUUCUAUCCCGACGAGAUGCUCGCUUCUUCUACUACAAGAAGGUGAAGGCUCUCUUUGAUUCCGGGUAUGAGAUAAAUAAGAUUGUCAUCCUCCAGAGCGCCAUCUUGAUGUCUUUCUGGGGUGGAGGCCCCAACAACUACUGGAACUUUUAUUCCUGGAUCAGUACGGCUGUCACUAUUGCCGAAGCCUUGGGAAUCCAUCGGUCGGUCGCCACGACUAAUAUGCAGUCCCAAGACAAAAGUCUCCUGAGGCGCUUAUGGUGGAUCUUGGUGACUCGAGACAGCGCCUGUAGCUCAUUGGUGGGCCGACCAUUUCGCAUCGAGCUGGAUCAAUCUGAUACAGAAAUGCUGACGAUAGAGGAUUUCGCCCACGACGCAAUGACGUCGGACUUUCUGGAAAGCCCUUUCCGUCAAAACUAUGCCCGUUAUCAAAUCGAGAUUGCCAAACUCUCAAUUGUCCUGCGCGAUAUUGUUAUCAGCCGCUUCUAUCCUGGAAGACGCUCACCGUCCACGCCAGACAUACUUCAGUCAAGGCUAUAUCAGUGGCGGGGGGAACUGCCUCCAACCUUGACGUGGCAAGAGGAUGUACCAGACCAUUCGAAUCCCUUUUCCAUGACUCUCUCCGUUCAAUACAACCAUCAUCUCAUUAUGCUCUAUUUAGGUCGCAUUCCGAGUGUCGACCUCCGAAACAGCCACGGCGACAUCGAGGAGAUUAUGGCCAUUGCGGCGCAGAACAUAUCAACCGUGGCGUGCGCAGUCGUCACUAAAUCAACCAUACUCGGCAUGCCUCACGAAUUCUUCCAUAGUAUUUUCCUGGCGCAGGCCGUCUUCUAUACGAAGCUCAAGAGCCCGAACAAAUUAUUGGCACAGCUUGGUCGGGCUGCGCUCACCAAUUGCCAGAUGGUGCUCCACGAGUCUUGCGAGUGCUGGGACCCUAGUCCAUGGAUUAUGCAACUGUUCGAUAAUCUCUCGUCGAGACGGCUGGAGAAGCAGGCAGCAAACGCCGAACAAAGGAGUCAAUCUUCUGGGCCCGCCGAGGCACUUGGUCUAAAUGGGGGUGCUGGCUCAACGCCCGGAGCCGGCGUGUUUAACGGCCUUUUGGGCUACGAUCCAUGGCAAAGCAACCCCAUGUUGUCGUCCUUGUUUGAACUGCCUCCGGAGCUUUUGCUGCCCGAAUGA